UUUGUUUUGUUUUAAGAGUCUGUGGUUGGUUGGUGAUAAGACCUUUACUGAUGUCUGUUGAUUACAUAUUAAAAAUGGAAUUAAAUAAUCGUGUUGUCUUCGUUGUGUUCUUAGCCCAAUUGUAAAAAUAUAUUAAUCAAUACAAUCCAGUUAGGUACUAGUCAGACUGAUAGUACUUAUUGGCUAAACAAAAAAACAUUAUUUUGGACUAGUUAGCAGAGGUACCUAUUUACAACUGAAAAUAGAGGGUGUUGUUUUAUUAAACUAGAAAAGGAUAAAAGCGAAGUCCAAUUUUAAUAAAGUUCUGAAAAUGGGGAAUUAUUUUUCAAUUAACUUGGAAGAACAUUACCGAAACAAUGAGAAAUUUCUUCAAAAUCUCAACGAAAUUGCUAUGGAAAGGCAAAUUCAGUUGAGGAACCAAAUGGCUGAAAGGCAGCGGGCUAUGGAAAUAGCAAAAAGCAGAGAUUUAUUUCUUUGGACUACAGCUUUUUAUUUUGCUGCAGCUACAGGUUUAUUUACAGGGUUCAGGCGCACUAAAAGAGCGUAUUUUUUAUUUCCAUUGUUGCCACUUACUUUUGUGAAUCUAUAUUAUUGGGAUCUUGCAUAUGGAAACAAAAUUCACCGCAUUAGAAUGGAAGCAGAGCAUAUUAUGACACAUGAGUCUGACAUGCUGGAGCUACCAUGUGGUCUGCCAACACCAUCUUCAGUAGACCAAGGCCGUAUGGACGAAGAGGAAAAGAAAAAGAUUCACCCUCCUCUGCCAUAGUGGAAAUACAGCAAUAAUUGACAUAAAGUGUGCCUUCACUGCAUUGUAGUUUAGAAGGCUUUUUAGAUAUGUAUGUGCUAGUUGGCUUCUCAAAUUGAUACUUAAAUUAAGUAAAAUUUUUCAUAAUAAAAGUGUGCAAUAAUAAUAUUCGAAGUUACUAUAUAAAAAUUAAAGCUGUUGGUCUACUUUUAAGUAUUAAUUAUAUAAUUCAAUUAAUAUCCAUUUUCUGGAUAUACUUAAAUGUUGACUUUAAAACUAGUUUUAACGCACAUUUCAAUGUAAAAAUGUUGUAAUAAGUUUGAUUGUUUGCAAUAUAUGCUUUUAUUGUUAGUAAAACUAUGUUGAUUAGAUUUAUUUCAGGGAUUUUUUAAUAAAAUUAUAUAAUUUUUAAAUUAUUUUAUAUUUAAGUUUUAAUACUUACCUACUCAUAAUUGUGAUAAAAAAUAUUUUUUUUUUCUUAUUUUUGUAAUGUUUUUAUUUGAAAAUAAUAUUUUAAGUUUUAUUUUUUUUAUAUAAUUUAUAAAAAAUAUUUUUCUGUGCUAUAUGUUUAAGUGAUAAUUUAUUAUAUCUUACGAAAUUAACUUAAAAUUGUAAUUUGUAACUUCUAAAUGUGAUUUAAGAUUCCUAUGGAUUGGAUAUUCUAAAUGUAGGUAUCUAUUUAUCCUAAACAAAACAUUGCCAAUUUCAAAUAAAUAAGUAUUACUAGUUAAUAGGAAAUUAUUAUUUAUUACAUUUACCUAUUCAUGUUAUUUCAAAUAAAACGAUUAUUAUAUAAA